AUGAAUUCGUUCAAUACUGAUGCGGAAACCUCAAAAGUGAUCAAAAAAUAUAUGAAAAGAAGGGUCCCCAUAUUAACGUUCAACCAAAGCAAAUUUCCCAGAAUAUGGAAGGAUGAUCUUUUGCCUGUACCCGCAUCAUUUUCGUCGCAAGGCACCCAUUGGUUUGUUUGCUUUUUUAAACAAUGCAGGUACCCCCCUGGCCAUGGCGAUAUUUUUUGUGCUCUUAAAAGCUCUGGCGUGCUUGAGCAGCUAAUCAGCAAGGGAAAGGAAUACAUUUUCAUUUCCAAUAUCGAUAACCUUGGUGCCACCAUUGACUACAAUGUUUUAAACUUCCUAUCCCAAAACAAAUAUGAAUUUCUGAUGGAGGUCACGGAAAAGACCAAGGCCGAUAUCAAGGGAGGCACUCUUGUUGAGUAUAAUGGAAAUGUCCGACUUCUUGAAGUGGCCCAGGUGCCUGCGCAGCACUUGAAAGACUUUAUGUCUAUCAAGAAGUUUCGCGUGUUCAACACCAAUAAUGUUUGGAUGUCUCUUUCRGUCCUCAAUUCGAUCGAUUUUAACGAUCUUGAUCUGGAAAUAAUUGCCAAUGUUAAGCUCGAGACUGCGAUGGGAUCGGCAAUUAAAAACUUUAAAAAUGCCGUUGGGGUCACGGUUCCUAGAUCUCGCUUUCUUCCCAUUAAAGGAUGCUCUGAUCUGUUCCUACUUCAAUCCGAUCUGUAUUCAAACGUGCGUGGAACUAUGAAGCUCAAUGCUAAGCGCCAAAUCUCGUCGACCCCUCUUGUAAUACGGGCUCCCCUUACAUUGGCGGCUGUAGGUUGA